GUACAGGGAUGUUACCGGAAGUGACGUCACAAAGGGAGCGAGUUAGAGGCGGUCAGUUAUUCAGGAAUUCAGUAGCACAUAAUGAGGGAAAAGAUACGUCUGACGUCCGAGCACGCCAGACGAACAUUUUUUUUUUUAUAUCUGUUUUUGCAUAUUGUUUAUUUUUUUGUUUAGUGAGUAGGUGGUCGCGAAGUGUGUUGUUUUGUACUGUCGUUGUAGAGAGUUGCAUUCAAACUAUAAUACAUCGUGACGGGAAGGGAAGUGGUUCGUCGUUGUUCGUGUGAGUGUGGACGUCAGGAGGAGGAAAAAUAGAGGAAGCAAGUACAAGAUAAAGCGAAGGCGCGGGAGGGUGCAGAGAUGAGGGCUAAUCAGAAGGCAUGUGGAUCGAUGUAGUUUAGGCAGCUUCGGUUCAAGGAAGCGGGGUAUGUAACGAAAGGGCUUGAGGAAGCGCAAUCAGACAGGGAGAGGCACAGAAAAGGGAGUGGUACUGUUAGCAGCUGAUUAGUCGUCAGACAGCGAGAGGUCUCAGAGUUUCGACAAGGUUACCCCAAGCUUCGUGUCGCCGUCGCUCUGAACCCGACGGAACACACGGGGCGGAGCAGUGGAUCGGACACCUCCCGACGGCGCUGCGCUCUCUGUCAUCGCCCGGGGGAAUAGGACUUCCCUCGACGUAUCCUUGCCAGGGGAGAGCUCCAGAUCCGCCGCGGAGGAAAAUUGUGGCGGAUAAAAAGAAGACGAAGGCGGCUGAUGAUUGUGCGGUUUUGUUAUGCGUGCGAGUAAAAGGCACCAACCUCGUUCCCUUCGGCGUGCACAAGGUCGGGCGCCAAGGAGAAGCCCAGGCGGUGUCACAACCGACGGUGGUGAAAGUCCUCCGAGUUUCCCAGCGAGCUGAAAGUGACACUUAACACAAACAAUGGCCCACGGAGCAGCGACUGUGUCCUCGCGCUGCUGCAGCUUGCACCCCAGGCCAAGGGACGAGCUCUAGGGCACGGCCACGAGGCGGAUCGAACCAGAGGCUCGGCCGUGCCCAGGGAACAAGCACCAGGGCCCACAAGGCCAGGAGCUCGCACUUAAUCCUGCCGCGACGCUGCUACCUUGCCCGGACAGUGAAAGCAGUUGGCUCUUGCCCAAUGUGACAAGAGAUCAAGGCUGGUCCGGCCUGUUAGUGGCUGUCUAUCCCCCAAAGGGUCCGCACACUGGCUUCCUCGCUGGUCGCAGGCAGCAGCGCUCUCGCCACGUGGUGCGUGCGAGGCGUCACGCGCAGGAAAGGCUCGGAGGACGGAGAUUUCCAACGCAGCCCCAGAGAGGCCCUUUGCCCGUUUUCGUUUGGAUUAUUGUUGCUAGGAAGUGAGCUGGUAAUUACUUCCUCGCAGACAGCCUGUUUUAGAAACCUUGACGAACCCACUUUCCUGGAAUAGGAUCCUGUGCCAUAACCCUUGCGAUGUGGACUGCAGGAUUUGAAUCACCUUGCCCCCGUCUCGUCUUCCACGCCCUCUGAGAGUCCUUGUCUCAGUUGGGGAUACAGCAGAAAAAAGAGAAAAUCCUUGCCCUUCAAAUAUUUCUGCAAGAGAAAGGAGACACUGUAUUCGCCCUUUCACCAGUGUAAGGACUUUCCAUCUUACCCUUCACCAGAACAGAAGACUUUCAACUCCACCCUUCACUCAAAGGAAUUCUCACUCCACCCCAUAACCGAAGGAUAACGGCGUCACUCUUCACCACAGGAACACCUCCUUCACCCUUCUCCAGAGGGAGGCUUUCCUCUCGUUUCGCCCUCCGCCAAAAGGACCUCCCGCCCUGCCGUUCCCCUCGGAAGGAACGUCCCUCUCCUAUGUCUGUAGGAGGGAAUGGCCCACAGCCUCCCCGAAGGCCUGCUCCUUCGGAAAGAUCGGUGCAGGUGAGCGCAGCAGCGGCGGCAGCAGUGUGGGCCGCGAUCCAGGGGAGGUGAAGCACCGGGUCCCCGCCAGUGUGUCGGUGGCCGCGUUCACAGUACCAGUCCGUUAACCAGCCGCGCGCCGCCUCGCCUCGCUCUUGCCUCGCUCUCGCUUCACUCUCUCCCGAGAGCUCGCGCCGUCCCGUUCCGUCCGGCGCUUCCUCGCUCGCAUACACGCGGGAUGCUGCUCGGGCCGCCCGCGCCGCCCGUGGGAUGCUGAUGCGCUCACAGUGCAACUCCGCAGUGCUCGAGUGACGGCGAUGAAGUUUAUUUGCAUAAACAAUUCCAGUCGACGAAUUGUACCCUGAGUUGUGUUCGGAAUAAUAAUUCAAAAAAUUCGGACAAAAUCCUUCUCGUAUGCCAUUUUUUAUGUCUUUAAAGACGGAUGUGAUACUUAUUAACGAAAGGAAUACUUGAUGAUCAACAGUUUUUACCUACUUUUAAAAUUAAUUGACUGAUAUCACUGGCCGCCAGUGACUUCACUUAGAAGAACGACAUUAUCCAAGCUCCCUCUCCACGAGUUUUUGGGAACAGCAAGUUCGUGUAAAGAUUUCGCCAUGAUGCCCGGGGAUGUUUGUGCCGCGCCAUGGUGGGCUCGGUCACGCGCUGGGAGCCUGGCGUGGGGGGGGACCAGCAACACCUCGCCGUGACGGACCACGUGGCUGGCCUGGACCCGCCCAUCAUCCCGCUCUCGCUGCCCACACUGCCACGCCCCCUGCCUAGUCACGCCCACACACCCCGACCCGCAGAGGAUCUCGACGGAAGCGUCGAGGAAACGCCGUGUCUGGAGGAGCACCGACGCGGGCGUGAGCGCACGACGUCGCCGCGCCACGCGCCCUCGCAGCCGCCCGCGAGCGCCCGCCCAGAGAGCCUGCCCGGCCUGGACGCGAACGGCCGCCAGCACAACCACCACCGCGCCCCGGCGCCCACGACCUCCAGCGCGCACGAAGCGCAUCCCGGCAGCGCCACCCACACCUCCACCAACGGCACGAGGAGGCGGCCACCGCCCGUCCUGCCGCCCGCCCUCGCGACGCCCGACGCGUGGGCCGAGCCGGAGGAGACGGCGCCCCUCACGCCCGCAACCAACGGGGAAGUGGCCCGCCGCGGGCUGAACGGCGUCGUGGUGAAGAAGAUGGCCCGUGGAGGAGGCGGUGAUGGAGGAGGAGGUGGAGGAGGAGGAGGUAGCGCUCCGGGACGAGGAGGAGGUGGAGGAGGAGGAGGAGCUCAAGUGCGGACUUGGCCCUUGCUGCACGCCCGUGUGGCUGCAAAAGUACGCGAGCAAACAGAUGUUCUUGUUUGUGUUCUGUUUAACUUCAGUGUUACAAGGAAUGUAUUAUACGUAUGUGGUUAGUAUCCUUACUACUAUAGAAAAGUUGUUUUCUUUGAAAAGUAAGAC